AUGUGGACUGCCAUGUGCGUGGGGUUAUUGCCCAUCGUAGCAGUCACUGGCCAGGUGGCCUUGGAGCAAUUUACCAGGGAACUGGCCGUGCGAGAGGGAGAUGGAGUCACCUUCCAGUGCAGCAUGAGUGGAGAGAGAAUGAGCAGCUACUACAUGUCCUGGGUAAACAGCCCCAGCUCCCUAAGCCUUUCCUCACGCAAAAGGUGCCCGAGUCCCGUCAACAUUUUCUUGGCCGUCACCGGCCUCUCUCCUGUGUGCCCAACGCCCGGGGACUCCGCGCAACUCUCCUGCCGCGGCUCCGGCUUCGACUUCAAGGUUUAUGGAGUUCGGUGGUACCGUCAGGCACCCGGUGGCAGUCUCCAGUGGGUGUCCUUCAUCAAUACCUUAAGUUCUAUAACAAGUUACGCACCAGCAGUGCAGGGUCGAGCCACAGUGUCCCGGGACAAUUCCCGGUCUGAAUCAGCUCUGUCCCUGCGUGCCCUGCACCCCCGAGACUCUGCUCGCUACUUCUGUGCUCGGUUUUGGUGGGCAGCUGGCAUCCAGCCAGAGAAGAUGGUAUUUGGAAGUGGGACCACUCUCAUAGUUGAACCACACAAUCAAAACAGUUCUGACCCAGAAGUCAUUGUGAUGAAAUCAAAGAAACUGGAAGAAGACGGCAGCAUUGGGAAAGCAGCGUGUUUGGCAAGAAAUUUCUAUCCAAAGAACAUAACCUUGGAGAUGUCCUCUGAUGAGGUCAUAUAUGAACAAAGUACAUCUAUUUUGACAUCAGAGGGGUUGUACGAUAAUAUUAAGGUGGUCAAUGUGAAAAAAGGCACAGAGGUGACCUGCACAGCUGAAUUCAAUGGCAGAACUAUUACAGGCAACGCACGAACAUUGCCAGGAAAGGAGGCUGAAGAACCAGUAACAGAGAAGGUUUGCAACACCACAGACACCUCUGCACAAGAUAUCAAAGUGGAGAAAGCAAACAUGCUCUCUAUGGCUGUAUUGGGUUUGAGAGUCCUGCUGGCAAAAAGUAUCGCCUUCAACACACUCAUGAGCAUCAAGUUGUUUCUUUUCUGA